AUGUCACGAUCAGCUUCGAAUUCAGUCAAGUAUCUGAAGCGUCCUGUGCUUUUAUCCCCACGACGCUCCCUCGCAGUAAAUCAACAUCAUCAUGCCUUUUCAACUACGCGACCAAAACGACUUAUGGGGAUGGCUGGCUUCACUGAAAAUCAGCUCAUGGUGAGAAAUGCCGUGAGCCAAGUCUGUUCUGAGUUCCCCAACACCUACUGGCAGGAAUGCGAUCAAAACGGGACAGACCCUAAGGACUUCCAUGCAGCACUUGCAGAAGGCGGUUGGCUAGGUGUGGCACUUCCUGAGAGUCGGGGUGGCGCUGGCCUAGGCAUCUCUGAGGCGACUCUAAUGAUGCAGACUAUUGCUGAAUCUGGAGCGGGUAUGGCUGGUGCGCAAUCCAUCCAUGCCAACGUGUAUGCCACUCAACCGCUUGCCAGAUUCGGUUCAGACGAGCAACUGGAUACGGUGCCUCAGAUUGUCUCUGGAGACUUGCGUGUUUGCUUUGGUGUUACGGAGCCUAAUGCUGGUCUGAAUACACUGGGCCUAUCAACCACCGCCAAGAAGACAUCAGAUGGAUACAGCGUAACAGGUCAAAAGAUCUGGAUUACCUGCGCUCAGGUUGCCUCCAAGAUGAUCUUAUUGGCUCGAACUACACCUUUGGAGGAAGUCAAGAAGCCUAGCGAGGGUCUGUCCCUAUUCUACAUCGACCUAGACCGGAACCAGCCAGGCCGCCUUGACCUACGCAAGAUCAAGAAGAUGGGAAGUCGCGCCGUCGAUGCAAAUGAAGUCUUUUUUGAUAAUUAUCGAAUCCCUAAAAGCUCGCUUAUUGGGGAAGAGGGAAAGGGAUUUAAGCUGAUUCUUCAUGGCAUGAAUGCCGAGCGUUGCCUUUUGGCUGGCGAAGCCCUUGGCCUUGGUUAUGCAGCCCUUAAGAAAGCUGCCGACUAUGCACGCGAGAGAGUUGUCUUUAAAAGUCCUAUUGGUGCGUAUCAGGGAAUUUCGCACCCGCUAGCUGAUGCAUAUAUGAAGCUUGAAGCUGCAAAGUUGAUAACAUAUCAUGCGGCUCGGCUUUACGACGCAAGCCAGACAGAAUCUGUCAAACAAGACGAGAUUGGUGCCGCGGCAAACAGUGCCAAGUAUCUAGCUGCUGAAGCUGCUUUUACUGCUUGCGAGAGAGCAGUUCUAACACACGGUGGCAUGGGUUAUGCAAUGGAAUAUGAUGUCGAAAGGUGGUUCCGCGAGGCCCUUAUUCCGAGACUUGCACCUGUUAGCAGGGAGAUGAUUUUGAAUUUUAUUAGCGAAAAGGUUCUGUCAUUGCCUAGGAGCUAUUAA